ACCUAUUCGCCAGAUUCGCGUAUUUGUUGAUAAACACAUAAAAUCUGUACAGUGGUGCAAAGUGCAAAGCAAAAGGCCACCGCCCCACUACCUUGUACCUUGUCAAAGAUUGAUGGCACACAAGAUAUUCCUUUUCCUUUGGAAGUUUACGGUUAACGUUGACACUGUUGACAGUAAGCCGGACUACCAAACGAAGUAACAAAGUACAAAAUAAUUUUCCCACCUUUGGCUCAUUAUAUUUUUAUCACUUUAUUAUUCAUAACUGAGUUUAAACUAGAAGUUGAUUUAUUCAGUAAAAGAUACUGCAACUGGAGUGAAAAUCUCUAUAGGUACCUUGAUAUCUUGUUCUAAAAACGUAUAACGGUGAAUUGAAUAUUGUGCAUUUGGAUAUACAAGAAACGGAAAUGUCAUCAGAAAAUGGCCUUAGAAGUUUCUACUCUGGAAAGAGUAUUUUUAUAACGGGAGGCAGCGGAUUUGUAGGAUUAUGUCUCUUGGAAAAAAUCUUGAGGACGAUUCCAGAUCAUGGAGACAUUUACAUCCUAAUGAGACCAAAAAGAGGUAAAGAAAUCGCUGAGAGGUUGGAGGAAAUUAAAAAAAAUCAAGUUUUUGAAACUAUUUUGAAGGAUAAGACUGUUGACGAGAUAUUCUCAAAGGUGAAAGCAAUAGCUGGUGAUGUGAGUCAGGACAAAUUGGGAAUUUCACCAGCGGAUCAACAUAUUCUGACAGAAAACGUGAAUGUCAUAUUUCAUUCAGCUGCCACUUUAGAUUUCGGUGAUACCCUUAAAACUACGGUAGACAUCAAUUUGUUAGGAACGAGAAGAGUAAUCGAUUUGGCCAAAGAAUGUAGAAAUCUAGCAGCUUUCGUACACGUCAGUAGUGCUUAUGUCAAUGCUUGGAGAAAAGAAGCUGAUGAGGUAUGAAUUUUUUAUGUAGCAA